AUGGCCUCGCUACGCACUGCCAAGCCCUGGCUGAAGAGCUACUUCAAGGAGAACUACAUUCCCCAGGUCUGCGAGGCUCUGUUAUGCGGUCUACUUGCUACCUGUCCUGAGGAUCCACUGAGAUAUUUAGAAGUCAUGAUCAAGUAUAUAAUUGAAAAUGGACUUCAAAGACUUCUUUGGGAUAUGUGCAUUGAUCCAUCAGUGAAACCAACAAUUCGAAGAUUGUCUGAGACUUAUUUGGAACAACUUUUUGGACUGGAAGAUCAGCUGAUGACUCCAGAAUUGAUGGUAAAAGCAUGUAGCUUUUAUACUGGAAAUUUAGUAAAGACCUGCUUUAGCACUUGGAGAGACACAAUACUAUCCCGUGUAAGUGAAAGUGAGACUAUGGCUAAAAAUAUGAAAAAAGCAAAGGAGUAUAAUGACUUCAGACUUCAAAGAUGGAUAUUCUGUCACUGGCACCCAUAUGUGGAAAAUAAAAAACAGCAGCGUAAAGAGACACUGUUGCGGAUCCAAAAGAUGUAUAGUUACAAGCUAAUAAAUAUCCUAACAAAAUGGCGGGAUAAAGCAAGAUAUAAGAAUAGAAAGAGAGAAGAUGACCUGAUGUUAAAACAUGAACUUCAACUAAGAAAAUGGAAAAGUAAGUCAAAAUCAAAAUUAGUGACUGAAGAAGAAUCCAUGUUUCCUCGACGAAGUCCAUCUGAAUUCUCUCUAGUAGGUGAGAGUCUUCCAUUUGACAUUUCACUGUUACCUGAAAGAGCAAUAUUACAGAUUUUCUUCUACCUCACUAUAAGAGAUAUGUUAGUAUGUAGUCAAGUUAGUCGCUCCUGGCUGUUGAUGACACAAAUGAGCUCACUAUGGAAUGCUAUUGAUUUUUCCACAAUGAAAAGUAUGGCUAUUGAUAAAUAUAUAACGUCUACUUUACAAAGGUGGCGUCUAAAUGUGCUGCGUUUGAAUUUUCGUGGUUGCCUUCUCAAACCCAAAACUUUGAAAUCUGUCAGCCACUGUAGAAAUUUGCAAGAGCUGAACGUCUCUGACUGCCCCACGCUCACGGAUGAAUCCAUGAGGCACAUCUCGGAGGGCUGCCCCGGGGUCCUGUAUCUCAAUCUAUCUAACACUGGUAUCACCAACAGGACGAUGCGACUCCUACCGAGGAACUUCCACAAUUUACAGAACCUUAGUUUGGCUUAUUGCAGAAAGUUCACAGACAAAGGUUUACAGUACCUGAAUUUAGGGAAAGGAUGCCACAAGCUCACCUAUCUGGACCUUUCCGGCUGCACCCAGAUUUCAGUCCAAGGCUUCAGGAACAUUGCAAACAGCUGUAGUGGAAUUAUGCAUCUGACCAUCAAUGAUAUGCCAACUCUGACGGACAAAUGCGUAAAAGCUUUAGUUGAAAAGUGCUCUCGUAUUACAUCAGUGGUUUUCAUCGGUGCGCCACAUAUCUCCGAUUGUGCUUUCAAAGCUCUUUCCACCUGUAAUCUCAGAAAGAUCCGAUUUGAAGGAAAUAAAAGGAUCACCGAUAGUUGCUUCAAAUUUAUAGACAAACAUUAUCCGAAUAUCCGUCACAUUUACAUGGUGGACUGCAAAGGAUUAACAGAUGGCAGCCUCAAGUCCCUUUCAGUUUUGAAGCAACUGACUGUGUUGAAUUUGGCAAAUUGUGUAGGAAUUGGUGAUGUAGGACUCAAGCAACUGCUUGAUGGUCCUGUGAGCACAAAGAUAAGAGAGCUAAAUUUAAAUAACUGUAUCCACUUGGGUGAUGCUUCCAUUGUGAGACUAUCGGAGCGGUGCCCUAAUUUAAACUACCUGAAUUUACGAAAUUGUGAACAUUUGACUGACCUGGGAAUUGAGCAUAUUGUAAACAUCUUUUCCUUGGUAUCUGUAGAUCUCUCCGGAACAGUCAUCUCUAAUGAGGGUUUGAUGACACUUUCCAGACAUAAAAAAUUAAAGGAACUUUCUUUAUCCGAGUGUUAUAAAAUCACCGAUAUGGGAAUUCAGGCAUUCUGCAAAGGCUCACUGAUCCUAGAACACUUGGAUGUAUCUUAUUGUCCCCAGCUGUCAGAUGAGAUUAUCAAAGCACUGGCCAUUUACUGCAUUAGCCUCACAUCUCUCAGCAUUGCUGGAUGUCCAAAGAUUACUGACUCGGCGAUGGAGCUGUUAUCGGCAAAAUGCCAUUACCUGCACAUUUUGGAUAUCUCUGGUUGUAUCCUGCUUACCGACCAAAUCCUUGAGAAUCUCCAGAGGGGCUGCAAUCAACUACGGAUCCUCAAGAUGAGAUACUGCAGACAUAUUUCCACGAAGGCAGCUGUCAGAAUGUCAAAUUUAGUUCAGCACCAAGAAUACAGCCCUGAGGAUCCUCCGCAUUGGUUUGGCUACGAUAGUGAAGGCAAGCCUCUUACAGAACAGUACAAAAUGACAACACUUAAAGAUGAUUUAGACUUGACAUUCAAAGACUCAAUGUUCAGUAGUGAAGAGGAAAUAGCAUAACCUUCAGUCUCAAGUAGAAAGAACAAAAAAUCUAGAACUUGGCAACUUUUCUUCACCUUAUACAAAUAUUUUUACUAGCUGGAUUACAUAUGUGCCUAAAUAAUCAUGAUUAAAAAAAAAAAAGAAGAAGCCAAACGAGUACUCUUACUAUGUAAAUUUUCCACCUAAUUCUAACUUAACCAAAUCAGUAGUUCUGAUGAGAUUAUUAGAUCUAAGGUUACACUUAUAUGAAACAACCCUAAGAGGUGUAACUUUUUUGAUAAGGAAUUUAGGAGCUUGUUUUAGAAAUGAAAAGAAAGCACAGAUGACCAUGUAAAUCAAAGUAAGAGUUUGAGCCAGGACAGUGACGCUAAGAUCUGUGAGGCUUUAUUGUAAAGGACAUAUACAUUUUUAAAGAAAACAUGGCUUUAUCAUUUCCAGACAUUUGACAACAAAAGAAAAUUAAAUGCCAGUUAACCCUGGACUCAUCUCCACAUUUGACACAGUCCAAAAACAAAUCAAAUAAAAACAAGAUCUGUGAAUAGAAAGGAUAUCCCUGCAAUGUCUCAGAAAGAUCUCUUUUUAACCAAAUUUACACCUAUCGAGGAAUUUUUAAACUAUGCUAUGCCAAAAAGAUGAUUUCCCUGUUUCACACUAAUAAAACCAAAAACCAAACUUAUUGCCGUCAAGUCGAUUCUGACUCAUGGUGACCCUAUAGAACAGAGAAGAACUGCUCCACAGGGUUUCCAAGGAGCAGCUAGUGGACUCAAACUGCCGACCUUUUGGUUAGCAGCCAAGUGCUUAACCACUGCACCA